AUCCGGGAGGGCCUCACUCCAGGUCACUUGAAGAAGGCCAAACUGAUGUUUUUCUUCACACGGUACCCCAGCUCCAACCUCCUGAAGGCCUGUUUCCCUGAUGUGCAGUUCAAUCGCUGCAUCACCUCCCAGAUGAUCAAGUGGUUCAGCAACUUCCGUGAGUUUUAUUAUAUCCAAAUGGAAAAAUCUGCCCGGCAAGCAAUUUCGGAUGGCAUCACAAACCCCAAGAUGCUGGUGGUGCUCCGUGAUUCAGAACUCUUCCGAGCUCUCAACACACACUAUAACAAGGGAAAUGACUUUGAGGUUCCAGACUGCUUCCUGGAAAUCGCCAGCUUGACCUUCCAGGAGUUCUUCAGGGCUGUCUCCGCGGGGAAGGACACAGAUCCGUCCUGGAAGAAACCCAUUUAUAAAAUUAUUUCCAAACUGGACAGUGACAUCCCAGAGAUAUUCAAGUCAUCCAGCUACCCCCAGGAGCUGCUUCAGAGUUAA